UAUAAAUUACCUAUCUAUUUUAUUGAAGAAAGUACAAACAAAAUUUACACAUUUUAUUCGGAAACAUGUCUCUUAAAGUGGUAUCCAGAAGUUUUCGGACCUUGAGUUACGUUGGAAGCUACAAAAAAAUCCGAGACCGGCCGCUAAAACUGUACUGUGCAGCCAUUAUUGGUGCUGGCUAUGUUGCAUACACACAACAUAAAAACAACAAAGCGGAAAUGAAAGAGAUCAUGUCACUCAGGAGCUACAUGGCGGAACCGGUGACACCUAUCAGCCAACUAGAGAAGAACCCUGAUGACAUGAAGACGCAGAUGGAGCUGCUCAUCAUGAGAAUACAGGCGGAGUUCUGUAAAGCUCUUGAGAAGGAGGAGGAUAUGGCGUGGAGUGGUGAAAGGCCAGAAGAUGAUUUAGAUUACAACCCCGACAUGUUUGUACCAACUCCGGAGGCAAAGUUCAAAGUGGACAGGUGGACGCGCGCGGAGGGCGGGGGCGGGAUCACGUGCGUGCUGCAGGACGGGCGCGUGUUCGAGAAGGCCGGCGUCAACAUCUCCGUGGUGUCCGGCACGCUGCCCCCGCCGGCCGUGCAGCAGAUGAAGAGCAGAGGCAAGAACUUCGAGAACAAGGAGCUACCGUUCUUCGCGGCGGGCGUGAGCGCCGUCAUCCACCCGCGCAACCCCAUGGUGCCCACCAUACACUUCAACUACAGAUACUUCGAGGUGCAGGACAAGAACGAGACCCACUGGUGGUUCGGCGGCGGCACCGACCUCACGCCGUACUAUCUCAACGAGGAGGACGCGGUGCACUUUCACCUCACGCUCAAACACGCCUGCGACUCCCACGACAAGUCCUUCUACCCCAAAUUCAAGAAGUGGUGCGACGACUACUUCCUACUGACACAUCGAGGGGAGCGGCGCGGCGUCGGCGGGAUAUUCUUCGACGACGUGGACUAUCCCGACCGCGAACGGGCCUUCGCCUUCGUCACCUCAUGUGCUGAGGCCGUCAUACCGAGUUAUUUACCGCUAGUUCAGAAACACAAGGACGCAGCGUACGGGUACGCCGAGCGGCAAUGGCAGCUGCUGCGUCGCGGCCGCUAUGUCGAGUUCAAUCUCGUCCACGACCGCGGCACCAAGUUCGGCCUCCACACGCCCGGCGCCCGCAUAGAGUCCAUCCUCAUGUCGCUGCCUCUCACCGCGAAAUGGGAGUACAUGAACGUUCCAGCACCGAAUACACCCGAAGACAAGUUGAUGCAGGUGCUCAAACAACCCAGAGACUGGCUGAAAAUUGAAAAUUCCAAAUCAAGAUCUCUGUAGAUAAGUUGAAAAAUCUAUUUUGGCCAUCGUUUUGCAAAAUCAAUUGAGACAAAUUCACGCACAUAUAACAUUGUGGCCAUUCUGCUAAAUCAUUUUUGAUAGUGCAUAUUGAAGAUCAUUUUUCAGAAUAUCUAAUAAAUAAGCUCGGAAGCAGCAUAUAAAUCAAAAACAAACAUAAAAAAGUCCGUACCCAGCUGAUUGAAAAGCCCUCUAGUGGAAUC